AUGUCAACUAAAAAAUGGGAACCACGUAAAAAAGGAGAACCACAUCCUUCUAUAGCAGGUAUAUUUAAAGCUGAGACACUGGGGCGACAUCCAAAACAACGUGAAUGCUUCUUUUUGCUUAAUGGUCGAGUGUUCAGUACGUAUCAAGAUGCAUGUCGUGAGUUGCAACUUUUAGAAGAUGACAAUUAUUGGGAUCUGACACUUGCUGAUGCAGCUUUAACGUCCUCGCCAAGUUUUAUUCGUCAACUAUUUGCCAUCAUUUUGACGACAUGUUUUCCAACACAGUCAUCUAUACUGUGGGAAAAAUAUAAAAACUACAUGACUGAAGAUAUACUAUACCAACUUAAACAAACAAACCAAUGUCCAAAACUAGAUUCCUCACCAAAUAUGUAUUAUGAUCUCAAAUUCAUCACUUAG